CACACAGAGAGAGGGAGCUGGGAGGAGGAUGAGGAUGAUGGUAACAGUACUCUCUCCCACUACUACCCCAAAACACAGCUUCUGAUUGGAUCAGCUUGGACUCCUAAGUUUCUCUGAGGUGUUCUGAGGCUUGUGUGUGACCGCUCACCCAGGAAAAGUUCAUUGCUGAGGACCUCUGUUUGACUACUGGAGCCGACACCACAGAGAAGAAUGGACAGAGAGGGAGGGAAGUAGAACUGACAAUCAUCUCUGAGUGUGUGGGAGACAGAAAUGCAGAGAAUCUUCAUGGAUGGAAUCUCAGACCUGUGGAUAUACAAGUGAGUGUCUGUUGAUAUCUGGAGCCCCAAACAUGAGAAGAUUGCAGUUCAACCACUCUGACGUUUCUGCUGGGGCAGACAAACAACUUUCCUACCAGGCCCGUGCUGCUACCAGGCCUGUGCUGCUGUCGAAGGCUUCUGUGAUGAUUUUGACCAGUGAUUAAACUCUACAAAAAGGAUUACUGGGAUUCUUAAACUGUCACAUUUUACUACAUACUACAUUUGGAAUAAUUCAACUCUCACUGGACCCAUUCCCCAGUGAGGGGAAAUACACAACAGGCCCAUUCCCCAGUGAGGGGAAAUACACAACAGGCUCCACAAUGGCCACCGGACAGUUGAGACAGAAUGGUGGUGUGAGGGACGUGAUCCCAGAGGAUGGCAGUGACAGGGGAGGAAACUGUGGCAUUGCAGGGAAGUUGGCUGGAGCCCGGGGCAGGACAGAGUGGAGAAGGCUAAACCUGCCCAAAAGGAGUAAGAGUUCAGACUGGAGUGGAAGGGGGGCUAGCCCUGGCCAGGGGCUCAGGACUGGGCUGCUGAGCUUUUCUGGGAACCUAGGGGGGUCCACACUUAAACGAGCAGAGAGUUUGGAGAGUAAGAGGGCAGGAGAGAGCAAUGUGUUGUCCAGGGUGAAGGCCUUUAACUCAGUUGGACCAGGGGAAGUGAUGAGCCCCGUUGGGGGUUCAGGGCGUUCCCUUGGUGAAGGGGUGUCCCCUGUGGGUCUAGCAUAUGUGGCUAUAUCUCUGGAGAGGGCCAGUGGGGGCCAGUCCCUCCCCACCAGACUGAGUUCUAGUCCUGGUCCUGGGUCUGGAACCAGAAUACCAGCCGGUGGAUCUCUUGGAUCCUCCAGGGGUCAGAGUAUCUGGGACCGGAUACAGAAGCUCUAUGGGACUACUGGAACUGAUAAAGCUACUAACAGAGAUGUGAAGGACUCAACCAGAACCAAGCGUCUCUCAGCACCGGUAGGAGACUGGUCUCUAUUGGAGAGGGAUGGGGGGGAUGCAGCAGCCAAUCGCAGGAAGUCCACCACAGACUCUGUCUUUGUCUCCCCCCUCUCCUCCCCCUUUUCCUCCCCCCUCAGUGGAUUAUCCAGGGGGGAGAGGAACGGCCUGCUCUCACACACACCCCUAGUAGAACAGAACACCACACACACACCCCUGGUAGAACAGAACACCACACACAAUACACACACACCACAGAGACAUCAGAAUAGUGCAGUCAAGGUGUCUGGUUUGAGCCCCUCACUGUCUCCAGUGUCAGGGUGUACCACACCCACACUCUCAUACAACCCCUCACACACACCCUUAGUGGAGGGGUCAUCAGUGUGCAUUAGGGACCCCUCACUGUCUCCAGUGUCAGGGUGUACCACACCCACACUCUCAUACAAACCCUCACACACACCCUUAGUGGAGGGGUCAUCAGUGUGCAUUAGGGACCCCUCACUAUCCCCUCCAUUAGAAGACAAACAGGAGAGAGGGGAAAAGGAGGUGACAAACACUGUGGGCAAAAAGAGUGUAAUUAGUGAAGACAGUGAAAAGGAGAGAGUAAGGGUGGGGAGCAUGGCUCAGGAAAAAGAGAAAUGGACUGAUGUCGAAGGAAAAGGACACAAGAAAAAGGAGAAGCGAGGGAGAGAUAACGCCGAAGUCUUUCUCCCCCAGCACAGACUAUCAGUGACACCCACCAGGGACUCUCAGCCUAUCACAACGUCCGGAGUAGGGGUCACCACAGGGUCAAACCCCCUCCUGACCAAUCAGCUUAAUGGGAAAACGGACACCUAUGACAGGAGCAAGACCCCUGGUAGAGGCGUGGCCAGGGAACAGAGCCUGUCAGAAGAUGUGUUUGAAGCCAACACCCCACAGAGGAUAACAUUACAGAACACAGAAAAUACCAAGUUACCUGGGAAACUGGUAGUGCCCUCUGCAGCCAGUGUGAGGAACAAGAUCCACCAGUUUGAAGCUCUGACACAGACAUCUCAGGUCUCAGUGCCCAACUACCUGAAGCCCAGACGGGCUUUCUCUGUCCCAGAACAGCUCAGUGAGUCUGGAGAGGGGGUCAGGAAGAGUGGGUUGGAUAGACAGGUACGUGGGGUGGGGGGAGUAUGGGAGAGAGGGAGAGGAGGAAGAGAGGGAGGGAUUGUAAUUAUGGAUGGGGGGAGAGGACGAGGAGAAGGAGAAGUGGUAAGGAAGAGUGUGCCAGAUAAAGCACUUGGUGGAGGGAGAGGAAGUGAGGUAGUGAGAGAAGAGAGGAAGGCUCAUAGAGGGUGGGCGGUGAGGUCUAUGUCAGUGGAUGAGGUGAGGCUGGGGAGCAGGGAGAGAGGGGGAGUAGGGGAGAGCGGGGGAGUGGGGGAGAUAGGCAGAGUGGUUUAUAAAGGUUUAGUACAGGGAGUGAGGGAGACAGGGGGAGUGGGGGAGAUGGGAGGAGUGGGGGAGAGUGGGGGAGUGGGGGAGAGCGGGGAGUGGGGGAGAUAG